AUGGAGCUACUAGCAAAGGAAUCACUACAGAUAGUAUUGGCCUUUGUGAUCUCCUUCACGUCAGACUUCGUCCCUCGGCUCGUCUACCAGUACAUGUACAGCCAGACGGGCACCAUGCACGGAUUCAUCGACCACACGCUCUCCUUCUUCAACGUUUCCAAUUUCAAGCCUGGCACCGCGCCACACAGCUCGGACCAAGGAGACAUCACUGUCUGCCGGUACAAGGACUACAGGGAGCCCCCCUGGUCUUCUGAUGCGUACCAGUUCUCCAAGCAGUACUGGUCCGUCCUGUCUGCAAGACUGGCCUUUGUCAUUUUGUUCCAGAACUUGGUGAUGUUCCUCAGCCUCAUGGUUGCCUGGGUGAUCCCAGACGUCCCCAAGACCAUCGUGGAGCAGCUCAAACGGGAAAAGAAGCUCCUGGUGGAUCUGUUUCUGCAGGAGGAGAAGGAGAAAUUCCAGCUCAUCCAGAGCCUCUUCGUCAAGCCCAACAGCCAGUCGCCCACGGCGGGCCAGGCCUUCCCCGUUCUGGGCAAAUACAGCACCCUGCCCUCGGGCCCCACGGCCGGAGACGGAGGGGGGCCGAGGGCGAGGUGCAGGGCCGCCAGCUUCAGUCAGUUCAGCGACAAGAUGUCUUCGUUGCCCAGGAAAGAAAACGCAAACUCAAAGCACACGGCGGUGUGACGCGUUCCGUCCCGAUCGGGGCGGGGUGGAUUAAGCUUAAACGGGGCCUGUAAGCCAACGAACUCGGCCCUUUUCCUGUGUGUUACCUGUAUCGUUUGUGUCCUGGUGUGUGUGACACGGUAGUGCGGUGGUGAAGUCAUCACAGGUCUCCUGCAGAAGUAUAAACUGGUCCUUGCUGGCCUCAGUGUAUGGCUCUUUAACGGUCAGCCCUGAACGAACGGCUGUGUGAGUGUGCUGUUCCGACUCGCACGACUGUUCACCUGACAAAGUGUUGUCAUUUUUUUCCGUACAAACUAUUUAGUGAGGCACAUGAGCUUCAUAGCGUAGAGAAGCAAUAAUUACUAUAUUAGGUCGAAUAAGUGAUCAGGACCCUGGAAGAACUGCAAACUGACGGGCUGCUUCGAUAGGAAACACUAACCCACCAACAGACUGACGAACAUCGUGGCUUAAACUUUAGGGCUGUCUGAUCUGUGAUUUUCCUACUUUGUGUAUUUUUGUUUACAGAUUUUGUAGCUCUCAUGACAUUCCACAUUUUCUGGACUGUUUUUAAUUCUCUUUAUAAAUUAGAAAAAACUUUAAAAGCGGUUUACCCAACCGAUCGUGACCGGUGAUGACGGCUGCUGGUUGGUUCUUUCCGCCCCGCUCUAGGUACUGAUGGAAUGGGAAAAUGCCAAUAUGGCACACUCUGGUGCCGUUCACCUCCUUCUAAGCUGUAGUAUCAGAACUCCAUGAUCUGUGAGGCUGAAAAUCUCUUCUGAGCCAUAAGGAACUUUUGCUGUACUCACCAUGACAAUAAUGCACGAGGACGGCCACCUGUGAAUGAGACAGAGCUGAACUACACUCACUGUGUUUAUGCUAAAUUAAAGAAAAACUACAUCCACAUUCCUUUAUAAUGAAGCAGUGGAGUUCUCCUGGGAUCAGGGUUCUGACCGAUGACCUUUAUGUUGCGUUGGUGAACUUCAAAGUCUUCGAUUCUUCAGAGACGCUUCACAGGUUCUUCCAAGAAUUCGCACCCCUCGAGUUUUUUUUCACAUUUUGUCACAUCGCAUCCACAAAUUUGAAUGUCUAUUAGGAUCUUAUGUGAUAGAACAACACAAAGCAGUUCAUGAUCGUGAAGUGGAAGAAAGAAAAGGACACAUUGUUGUGUUUCCUUGGAGCAAGAAGACGUUUUUCUGCAUUGAGUUUGCAUGCUCUCGCAGUUCAAGCAUAGAUUCUCUCCGGGUACUCCUACUUCCUCACACAGUCCAGAAACAUAACUCUUCAGUUAAUCAGUUUAUCUAAAUUGUCCUUAGGUAUGAGUGUGGGCGUCCAUGGUUCCCUUGUUCUGUGCAUUUGUGUUGCGCUGAGAUGUACUGGGAACUCGCCUGGUAAAAGCCAGCCCCUAGUUCUGGACUUCGCUUUGUCCAGAGAGUCUGGGCUCUCGACUGUUGGGAAACAAUAGCUUUGCUGGAGGAGUUUUAAGCAACUGGAUCUCAUUUUACCCAGUCGCUAUCAUUUGGCUGUGACAUAUAUGUAAUGCUCUAGCUUGAUCAAGCUUACCGGAAAUUGUGUGCGCUGUAAACAACUCCGUGGGGAGUAAUGCCAAGACAUCUUUGCCAGCAAUAAAAUGUCUUAAACAUUCGUCUCGCUCCGACUUUAAUUGCUCGAUGCGUCGUUCACUUCCUCCGCUGCCACUUCCUCAUUUGCCAAGCUUCAGCCCUAUAGAAGCAGAAUCUAGUUCUAAAAUCAACUUUGUCCAUAAGUCCUUCUGUUCGCUGAUUGGCCCGAGUGAAAUUCAUCUGUAUAAUUCGAGCUCAAUCGGAGAAACACUGAAGGGAGAUGAGAAUUGAGUGGAAUUGCUUUGGAAAGCAAUGACCAGACUGAUCUAAGGGGGACUCCAUCUUCUGCCCCAAUGACCGCUGAAGAUGACCCCCUCAUGAUCCUGCAAGGACAAGACAAUAGAUAGUUUGUCUCCAGCAAACUAUCCAAAGAACCAUCUAUCUGCAAGGCUUGUAAGGUGUGUCUCAACAUCUAGAGAGUGAUUUUUCUUUUUAUACUUAAAUAUUAUAUUUCUUUCACUUCAUAAAUGACCUUACGCUGUGUUGGUCUAUCAUAUAAAACCACAUUAAAGCACUCUGAAGGUGGUGGUUCUAACAUGUCAAGUGUAGAACAGCAUAAGGCAUUUAAAGACUAGCAAGGCACUGUUCAUCUGUUGCUUUUAGUAAGAGUUCUCUAGCAAACCAUAAACUAAAUUUUUUACAGCAGUGGUUUUGAGAAGAAAAACAUGACACAAUAUAGUUGUUGUAUGUUAAAGUGGAACUGAAAUCUAAGCCGUAGUUUAGCUGUAAGCGCUAGAGAUACCGCAGCUAUUGUGAAGGGAAAGCUUUUCGGAACGGCAGCGACGCUCGUCAGCGUUCAGUCCACGAGGCCUUUUGGAGCCGUUGCAAGAGUGUUUUUAUUGCUAAGCUUUAUGAUUAGGUAUUCUACAAGCUGCGACAGAGCAGACGUUUUCUGAACAAUUUCUAUUAAGUUUUGUAAAGUCUGUGAAACGUUCUGCUGUACUCAGUAUUCGUGAGAAACCUACCGUACUGUUUGUCCAUGGAGUAAUGUUAAAGCUAAUUGUCCGAUGUUAUGUUGAAGUAGGCUCGUUUUACGACCAGGUGAUUAGCUCUAUAACCAAUAUUUAAACAAAGAUGAACUUUCCACUGCUACUGCUAUCUAAAAGGAUCAUUAUUGUGGAGAACAUGCUCAUCGACAACCAAGCGUGAACGCCCAGAUGAAGGUCCGGAAAUACAUUGAAUUGGAUCCUGUAGAGGAGUAUUACAAUACCUAGGAUCUUGGACCAAAUGGAUGAGAGGGUUUGCUGUACGGAUACAGCAACAGCCUAAUGGGCUCGACACAUGGUUAGCGACGAACCGCACAUAACGUGACAGCUUUCCAUCAUUUGGGGUGAACCCGACACACGGGACACGAUAGCAACCUCAGCGGCGCCAACAUUUUCCCAACUUCCUCGUGUCGCGAUGCUAGCCCGCAUUUGCUCUUCUACGUGUAUGAGCUUGAAAUUUAACACGCACGGAUUUCGUUGGUCGCUUGGCUGGAGGAGAGCAAGUGGUUGACGCCUUAUCGCGCAGGUUCCUUAGGAAAUGAAUAGAGAGGAAACGACAUCCCCUCUCAUACGUCAAGCCCAUUAUGUCUGGGUUCAGCACCCCUUUUGGCCUUGAGGACAGCCCAUAUAUUUGGUGUGACACAAGUCAUGCAAUUCAUUUCAUGUGAGAAGAAUAGCAAAAGCGUAGUCUGCACGGCUCACAGCGUACGCACUGUAUGCCCGAGUUUGUGGGAGACUUUAAUCUCUCUUGAAAAUUGUGUCCGACUCAGACCAGUCCUUCCAAGUGCUCAAGAUUUUUGUCAGUGAGUGUUGAGACGUCCCCGAUCCCUGAGAAUGUAAGUUUAAGGGCAUUCGUUGUUGUUCAAAGCACAAGGUAAGACUAACUAAGAUCACCUAUAAACCUAACCUGCAUGUUUUUGGUCUAUUAGAGAAAAAAACAGAUGGGGUUUCUAAAAGAAAAAAUAAAGUCAAAUAUUAUCACCUUCCUAAAACAAUGGUCCAGGUCAUUUCUCCAUAAAAGUGACUUUUUUGGGGGGUCAAACUCUUUAGUUGAUUGGAUGAUUUUACGCUAGAAGUGCUGGUGCUGUGAUAAUGUUGACUUUUUCCAAACAAGGACCAGCUUCCAUUCAUUCCAUUUAGUUUAUGGUUGUUAACUCUUAAAGAUUACUCCAACAUACAUAUACUUGUAAAUUAGACUUCAUGUCAGCUUUCACAAUGACUCAAACCAACACGGGGACAUCUCAAACACCGAGCGACAGCUUGUUUCAUCGGGGUUCAAAGUGAAGCUGAAGACAAACAAAGAAGAGAGACGUUUUUACCACCACAGUGUACCAGCUCAAAAUGUCCUCACUGGAGUUUAAAAGGGAGGUAAGGGCAAAUGAAAGAAGGAAAAAGUAGUUGGAGUGUGGAUGAGGAAGUGAUUGCGGGUCGUCCUUAACUCCACAAACUGCCGAAAUGCUGUAAAACCUUCGAUUCUGUCCCUCGCGCCUUGGUAACUGUUCCUUAUUUCCAACUGAAGACAACAUGCGUCUGUCCAGACAGGACUCAGUCACAGACUGUUAUCUUUCCAUGUAUUGAAAUCUUACUUUAGGAAAUUGUGAUAAAAGGUAUAUUUGUUAUAUAAGUUUCUGUUGUUGAUCCUUACCUAAGCUGGUGUACAAAUUCCUAAAUACAGAUUUGUUAAAUGGA